UGGCGUGGCGCGGUGGGCGGUGCAGGGCGGCUGGGGGCGGGACUUCCGGCCUGCCGGAGCGGCUUCCGGCUGUGCGCGAGCGUGGUGCCACCGGCCUCCCUGACAUGAAGCCCCCUGGACCUGGAGGUUGGACCCUGAUGUGACAUGCCCACCAUGCAGACACUGCUCAACCUCUUGUGGCUUGCUGUGGCCUGUGGCUCUGUUCACGCUACCCUGUCAAAGUCAGAUGCCAAAAAGGCUGCCUCCAAGACACUGCUGGAGAAGAAUCAGUUUUCAGAUAAGCUUGUCCAAGAUCGGGGUCUAGUGGUGACAGACCUCAAAGCCGAGGACGUGGUUCUUGAGCAUCGCAGCUACUGUUCGGCAAGGGCCCGCGAUAGACACUUUGCUGGAGAUGUGCUGGGCUAUGUCACUCCAUGGAACAGCCAUGGCUAUGAUGUCACGAAGGUGUUCGGGAGCAAGUUCACACAUAUCUCACCGGUCUGGCUGCAGCUCAAAAGACGUGGCCGAGAAAUGUUCGAGGUCACAGGUCUCCAUGAUGUGGACCAAGGGUGGAUGCGAGCCGUCAGGAAGCACGCUAAGGGCCUGCGCAUAGUACCUCGGCUUCUGUUUGAAGACUGGACUUUCGAUGACUUCCGGAGUGUCCUAGACAGCGAGGAUGAGAUAGAGGAGCUCAGCAGGACCACGAUCCAGGUGGCAAAGAACCAGCAUUUUGACGGCUUUGUGGUGGAGGUCUGGAGCCAGCUGCUGAGCCAGAAGCAUGUGGGCCUCAUACACAUGCUCACCCACCUGGCUGAGGCCCUGCACCAGGCCCGGCUGCUGGCCAUCCUGGUCAUCCCUCCUGCUGUCACACCUGGGACUGACCAGCUGGGCAUGUUCACACACAAGGAGUUUGAGCAGCUGGCCCCCAUGCUGGAUGGCUUCAGCCUCAUGACCUACGACUACUCCACAGCACAGCAGCCUGGCCCUAACGCACCACUAUCUUGGGUCCGAGCCUGCGUGCAGGUCCUGGACCCCAAGUCCAAGUGGCGGAGCAAAAUCCUUCUGGGACUCAACUUCUAUGGCAUGGACUACUCAGCCUCCAAGGACACCCGUGAGCCUGUGGUUGGAGCCAGGUACAUCCAGACCCUGAAGGACCACAGGCCACGGAUCGUGUGGGACAGCCAGGCCUUGGAGCAUUUCUUUGAGUAUAAGAAGAGCCGCGGUGGGAGGCACGUGGUCUUCUACCCAUCUCUGAAGUCUCUGCAGGUGCGACUGGAGCUGGCCAGGGAGCUGGGUGUCGGGGUCUCCAUCUGGGAGCUGGGCCAGGGCCUGGACUACUUCUACGACCUGCUGUAGGCCGUGCAGCACAACCUCCAGGUGGACACAACUUCCUAACCCUUGGAGUGACUGCCCAGUGUGAAAUACAGGCCUGUCGUUGA